AUUUCCUUAUUUAGAGCCCAAAGCUUUCCCCUCAUAUAUCAGCCCUUUGAAACAGAGGAGAACUUGCCAUCUGCCUCAUUUUAGAAGGGUUUUAUUGACCAUGGAUAUUAUAGUUCAUCUUUUAAUGUAAAGGAAGAAAGAAAUGAAAUAUAUGCAAUGACUCUUUCCGGGUACCUGAUUUUCUUUUCCCUAAUUCAUAGUGCUUUGCAACUGCUGGGUAAGUCUCUGUUGUUUAUCCCCAAUAAAACUGGAUAUGAAAUAACAUGCUCAUUUCUAACAUGGCACCAAGCAAGGAGUAGCUGUCUGCAGCAGAAUGCAGAAUUAGUAAGAAUCACAGAGAUUCAUGAUCAAGCAUUCCUGAAAGAGAUAACAAAAAAUCUCAGUUCUACACUGUGGAUUGAACUGAAUGCUCUGGAUUCCAGUAAUGGAUGGCAGUGGAUUGGUAGCAAUCCUUACAGAUAUUUAAACUGGGCUCCAGGAAAUCCCGUCCCAGCUCCUGAGAAGUUCUGUGCAGUGCUAAAUCCCAGAAAAGAAGCAAAGUGGGAAAACAUGGACUGUGAUUAUAAAUUUGGUUACAUUUGUAAAAAGGAAAACUCCACUCUAGAGUUCCCCAAUCUCCCCACAGAGACAUUUCAGCCUAUUAAAUGCCAAGACAGCUGGUCGUCAUACAGAGGUCACUGUUACAAAAUUCAGAGAGAGCCCCAAGAAUGGAAAGAAGCUUUGGCUUUAUGUAAGAAGGAAGAUGGAGAUUUGGCUGGUAUCCACAAUGUUACAGAGUACAACUUCAUUAUUUCUCAGCUGGGCUACAAGCCAACAGAAGAGUUGUGGAUUGGAUUGAAUGACGUUAAAGUUCAUCAAUAUUUUGAAUGGAGUGAUGAGACUCCAGUGACAUACACCAAAUGGCUACGUGGAGAACCCGCCUAUGCAAAAAGGCUAGAGGAUUGUGUUCUUAUUAAGGGACAGGAAGGAUUUUGGGAAGCUACUGUUUGUGAGAAGAAACUUGGUUACAUCUGCAAAAGAAAGUCAUUAUUACAAGCUCCUGAGGAAGUAGGAAUGAAUGACCCGGGCAGCCAGAGAGGCUGGAAAAGACAUGGCUUUCAUUGUUACUUGGUUGGACACACAUUUCUAAUAUUCUCAGAAGCAAAUGAGGCGUGUCAAAGGAGCUAUGGCUACCUAGUUACUAUGGAAGACAGAAAUGACCAAGCCUACCUCACUAGUUUGGUUGGGCUGAGUUGUGAAAAAUAUUUCUGGAUUGGUCUCUCAGAUGUAGAAGAACAGAGGACAUUCAAGUGGGCCAAUGGUGAAGUUGUUUUGUUCACUCAUUGGAACUCAGGAAUGCCUGGAAGAGAACCAGGCUGUGUUGCCAUGGUAACUGGAAUCGCACCUGGAUUAUGGGAUGUUCUUAACUGUGAGAAGGCAGCAAAAUUUCUCUGCAAGCAGUGGGCUGAAGGAGUGACCUCUCCUUCGAUUGCAGCAACAGCUUCUGAUGCCCCAUGUCCUGGGGGCUGGGAAUUAGCCUCUUAUACUAGCUUCUGCUUCAAAUUUUUUAUAGGAGUGGGAAACUGAAGGAAAACCUGGUUUGAAGCUGAAGAAUUUUGUAGAGAAAUAGAAGGGAAUCUGCUCAGCUUUCACAGCAGAGAGGAACAGUUUCUAAUAUGGAAAUUGGCGCUGGCCAAAGGGGAAAACAUGCCAGAUGGAGUACAGAAGGAGCAGGGUAGGAAUGACUGCCUUCCUACAAUUGCCAAAGAACUGUGCUAUAAAAUUUUUGGUGCCAAUGAAGAAGAAAGGUUGAGCUGGCAUUUGGCAAGAAAUGCUUGUAUAGAAUUAAAAGGAAACCUGGCUUCUAUACAUAAUGAACAAGUGCAAGCUUUUCUCACCUUACAUAUAAAGGAUACGACUGAAACCUGGAUUGGACUGAUUGAUAUAAACACUGAACAGAAUUAUCUUUGGACAGAUGGAAAUGUAUUUGACUAUUCCAAGUGAGCCCAAGGUUUCCCAUUUAAAAAUGAUAUCAGCCAUUGCUACUGGGACUUUGGGAUGUAUAUUAAACAGGAGAGUGCCUGCAUCACAAUGAUGAAGAGAUCUGUAGAAGAAACAGGAUACUGGGGAUAUGCAGCUUGUCAACAUAAGAAAAGCUGUGUAUGCCAGAUGGACAGCAAUCCUGAAUUAUUUUAUUCCCCAAAAGUUCCAGUUUCUGACUUGAUUCAUUAUGAUAAUAGUACCUAUUCAGUCAUUCAUUCCAGAACAAAUUGGGGAGAGGCACAAAAAAACUGCAGGGAGCAAUCUGCAUAAUUUGCCAGUGUUGUAGAUCUCUACAGUGCUCUGUUUCUGCGGAUACAGAUUUUGCAGUUUGGGAAGCCUGUAUGGAUUGGUCUCAACAACAAUGUGACUGAUGGUUAUUACAAAUGGACUGAUAACAGGAGACACAAGUAUGCUAAAUGGGCCCAUGGAGAACCAAAAGCAAGCAUAGCCUGUGUUUAUUUAGACCUUGAUGGAGCUUGGAAGACAGCAUCCUGUGAUAAAAAGUAUUUCUCGGUCUGUAAAUGGUCUGAUGUUACAGUUCCUACAGACCCUCCACAACUUCCUGAAAAAUGCCCUGAAUCAAAUGAUGACCAAUCUUGGAUUCUUUUCCAUGGCCAUUGCUACAUGUUUAAUACUGAUGAAAUAAAAUGGAGCGAAGCAUCUGUUCAGUGCCUUUGAUUGGGAGCUACUUUGGUUUCCAUAGAAGAUUUGGCUGAAUCAAACUUUUUAACUGUCAGUAUUGAGCCCCUUGCAGACAAGACAAAUGGGUUUUGGGCAGGAAUAUACAGAAAUGUGGGUGGGGAGUGGUUAUGGCUAGACAAUGCUGCAGUAGAUUUUGUCAACUGGAAAAAAGGGGAGCCUUCAAGUAAUCAUUCUGAUUACUGUGUGGAAAUAUCUGCCUCAUCUGGGUACUGGAAUACCAUUCCCUGCUCUUCCAAAAAGAAAUCUGUUUGUAAAAAAAGCAAAGAGUCAGAAUUGAAUGUUCUUGAUCGUCACGAGCGUCCUGGAAAGCAUUACAUCAUAAUUUCUUUACAUUUAUUUACAGAAGACAAAAUGGAUGAGGAACCUGUCCAAAGCAGAAUUUGGAUACUGAUUAUUCUGGUCCUGUUAAUUUUCAUAGGAGUGGGCAUCAUGAUUAACAACUUAUUCAAAAUAAAAAGGCUGAAUCAGCUACAAAUGAAUGUGAGCUCCAGUAGCAUACUGUUAGAGCAUAGUAGUGCUAUAACAGAAAUAUAAUUGGAGAAAAUAAGACCUUAAGCAAAAGUUA